AUGCAACAAUUUCCAACCUAAAUUGAGUUUUAAGAAGACUUUGAUUUCAAGAAUUUAUAAAUGUUGGGGCAAGGAACAUUCGGAAAAGUAUAUAAGGGAAAAGCAUUAAAAUCUCUUCCUGCGGGUUAUUAUGCUCUGAAAAUUAUCGAAACAUCAAACGAAUAAGCGUAUGAGCUUGCUAUUCAAGAAUUGAACCUAUAUCAAGUGAUCACUUAUCAUUAGAAUGUCAUAAAGGUUCAUAAGGUCUACUCUUGGAUGGAACAGAUGCCAGCAAAGAAAUAUGUUUUAGUUUUUGCAAUGGAGUUGGCUCAGAAUAGUUUGAAAGCUGAUAUUGAUGAAAGAAGAAAGGCUUAACUAGAAUUUGGGGAUUUAAUGCUGAUAGACAUUAUGAAUUAAUGUUUGAAAGCAUUUUAUUAUCUUGCAAAAAACAAACAUUUGUUUCACAGAGAUAUCAAACCAGAAAACAUCCUAGUUACAUGCCGAUAACCAUACACAGUUAAAUUAGCUGAUUUUGGGGCAGGAAAAGAAAAUUUUAAUGGACAAGCAAUGCUUAAUACAUUAGUAGGAACACCCUUAUUUCUGUCUCCUAAACUCUAUAUUGCUUACACAACUAAUUAACCAGGAAAAGUUAAACAUGAUUUAGAGAAGAGUGAUAUAUUUUCAUUAGGAAUUACAUUUCUACAAAUGAUUUUACUUUUAAGUGACAAAGACCUUUCGAAAUUGAAUGAUCCAAUCAUAUAUGAAGAAAAUACUGGAAAUGCUAUUGAUAGCAGCGAAGAUCCAAUGAAAAAGAAAGACUGUUAGGGUUGGAAGAAAUUGUAAAAUUAAGUUAGUAGGAUUUAAAAUCCUUAAAUAAAGGCAUGUAUCUAAGGAAUGACAGAAUUCAGUGAACGAAACAGAUUUACAUGGCUUUAAGCUUUAAAAGCAUUGAAUCCAGAUUAUGAGGAUGAUGAAAAGGAUUAAUCUGUUCAUCCAGCUCAUAUUAAUGAAUAGACUAAAGCUAUUAAAUUUUAUUCUAAUCAAAAUACAACUUUGAGAUAUUUAGGGACUCUUAAUGAUUUGUGCAAUCAUAAGAAGAUAAUCUCAGCAGGUAGUUAAAUAUUGGCUUAUUCAAAUGAAGGAGUAAGAUUAAUAUCCUUAAAUGGUGUAUCAGAAUGCAUUUUUACUUAAAACGUCUCUUUUUUAUCAUAUUUGCAGACAUUAAAUAUAUGUGUUGGGAUCACAUAAUCUGGAGAGAUUUUUGGAGUGAAUUUGAAGAGCAAAACAUUCUAAUGUGAGAAAAUUUAAAAUUUUCAAUCUGAUAAGAUAACUGUGAUGAAAUACAUGAGAAAAGAUCUAUGUAUAUUAGGAGCUGAAACAGGAGAAAUUAUGAUAUUGGCAUUUGAUACUUAGCCACCUUCUAUAAUUAAAAAGUACAAAGACGUGGAUAGAUCUGUGGUGGAUUUGAUUUAUGAUGAUGAAACCAAAUAGAUUAUUUCAUCUCACGAGAACCUAAUAAUUUAUGGAAAAUAUUUGGUAUAUGAAUAAUCUGCUAAAUUUCAAUUUGAUGCUUAGAUCCAUAAUCUAUAAUUGAUAUCAUCUGAACACUUUGCAGGGAUAAGUAAGAACCUACCUCAAAUACCAAUUUUUCAUAUUAAAGAUGGAGUCAUUACAAUUGUGUAAAAAUGUUAAAUUAAUGGUAAUAAUAUACCUUUAGCAUUAACUUUAUCUGAUAAUUAUCUUGUUUGGGUUUGUGAAAAAUAUAUUGGGUCAAUUCAAAUCAGCGCACAAUUAAAUUAAUUGGUAGAAAAUAAAGGAAAUGAACUUAUGGUUAAUGCUUCCAAACCUGCAAAACUUAUGUGCUUUUUAUAAGUUGAUAAAAUGAUUAUAGCAAGUGAUGGGUUAUAACUCCAUAAAUACUAAAUUGGAAAAAAAUCAUAAGAUAAAACAGUCUGCUAAAACUGCGAAAUUUUUUGA